CGUUAAGAUCGGUUCUGUUUGCGGUACGCGCGCCACGCCACAAACCCCAAAGAAGAAAAAUAAGAAGAAGAAGGAGAAUAAGAGGCAGAAGAUCCGAGAAACGAGAUCGUGACUGAGAUAAGGAGAAGCGAACGAACAGCCAAACGGUUUCCCCAAACAGCAGCUGCUGCCGAAUGUCAGCUGAGUGUUUCGCGAGCCUCACAUCAUCGUAAAUUAAGCAUUUAAAAAUAUCAUAAAAGAUAUAUUUAAUUAGAGAACCAGACACCGCAUACACACACUGCACCGCACCGCACCGCAGCGCAGCGCAACGCGAGAGACAGACUGACAAUCAGAGCAAGACUCUGCUUAAAAAUACCUGAGAUUGUGAUACUAAUUAAAUAUUUUUUGUGGUGUGUGAUAAAUUGUUGUAACAAUAAAACAAAUAACCACAACUUAAAACACAACAAAUUAAUAUAAAAAAUGCAGGACUAUUGGCACAUUCCACGCGCCUCGCUGGCCUCCUCCAGCAGCUCGGCCAUCAGUUCGGCCAGCUCCUCAAAGUCAUCAAACAAAUCGAAUUCCAAUCCCCCCACACUGGCAAACCGGAGUCAGCAUCAGCAGCAGCAGCAGAACAGCAGCAGCAGCAGCGGGAAGACUACAAGUGCGACAAGUGCUGCCGUGACCGCUGCGGCGGCGGCAGCAGUGCUGGCAGCAGCCAAACGGGGAUCGCGCAGCUCUCAGGGCUCCAGUGACAGCAACAACAGCACGCGGAGCGCUGCUUCCGGCUCACUGCUGCUGACGGCAGCGAAUCUGGAGCGCUUCGCGGAGAUCCACAAGAAGCAGGAGCGGCACAACAAGAUGUUGAUGAACAGCACGUCGCCAACCUCCUCCUCAUCGGCCAACUACAAUGCGAAUCUGGCUUUGGCCAGCAACGGCAGCACUCCUGGAAAGGAUGCGGUGAUUGCCAUCGAUGGCCACGAUGGAGCAGAAGCGGAUCCAAAUUUGCAUUAUAUUAAAACCAAAGACCUCGACACCGUGUCCAUUGCCAGCUCCAUGCACUUUACGAUGGUCAAUGGCGACAACGGACCUCCAAAGAAGCCCAAGCGGGGACUCUGCGAUCGCGGACGCCAGGUCACAGUGCUGAUUGUCAGCAUGAGCACCAUCUUUAUGCUGCUCAUCAUGGGCAUGGUCUAUGCGCUAGAGAUGCGCGCCCGAGACAUGCCGAAGAGCUAAUGGGGGGAAGGCGGGCUCUGUCUAUCUACGAGAGUAUCCAACUCCUCCACUGGCUAGCAAUUUAGUUUAUUAUUUAUUGUAUUGUAUUCUGCUAUGUUUUGAGCCACCCCAAUUAUUUUUUUGUUAUUGUGUCGUCUUUGAGCUAGUUGUGUAAGCUAUUUAUUAAACAAUUUUUUUUUGGAGAGUCAGUUGAAGCUCGGAAAAUCGUAUCGGAAAAUGUUUUACCCCUGUGGCACGCACACACACAUACACGAUGCUAGUAUUAAGACAGAGAAAUAUGCAAACAAAUGGAAGCAUGGAUGUAUUUUUUUUUUCUGGUUAGCAAUUAAGCUAUUUAUCCCUGUGAUAUGUUUAAUAAAGUGAAUUUUCUAAUUGU